CUGACGUGAAAGUGGUUACAAACAGGCGGCUGUGUGGACAGACUCCGGCCGUGGGCGGGGUCCUUAUCGUUGCAGCUCCUAACCGUCACUGAGCAGCUCGAGCGUGGGUACGCGAGACCCAGGCUUCAGGCCUAGCCCUCUCCCACCCCUGCCUUGCCACCAACCACCCUUCUGCCUCCCUCUUCCCACCCUCACUCCCUUCCCCUCUCACCUACCUCCGAGAGCCGCCGCUCGGAGAUGGUCUCCGGCUGAUCAUGGGCGGCAGCAGUUCCAAAGGCCGCACCUUCUGGCCCUUCGGGUCGGGCGCCGUCAGCGAGUCGGCCAACGGCGUCGACGAGCAGAGCCUGGCCCGAUACAAAGGCGGCCGGCUCGGGGCUACUCCUUUCGUCUUCAGCCGCCGAAGCUCGAUGUAUUAUGAUGAAGAUGGUGAUUUGGCUCAUGAAUUCUAUGAAGAAACAUUUGUCACAAAGAAUGGAAGGAAAAAGGCUAAACUGAAAAGAAUUCAUAAAAAUUUAAUACCUCAGGGGAUGGUUAAACUGGACCAUCCACGAAUCCAUGUUGAUUUCCCAGUGGUUUUAUGUGAGGUGUGACUGAAGUGCAAGUUUUCAUCAGAUUAAGACUUGUGCACUAUAGAUGACUGCCAGAUGCUGAAUUCUCCUUGGACCUUCGUUUCAGUGGUGGAGACUGGCCCAGUGAGCACAUGGCAUCUGUUUCAUUUGCGUGUAGUUUUUUUCUGCUACAGGCCAAACUCUCAAACAUUUCCCUUCUAUGAAUAUCAAUAGAGUAAUCUGAGAUUAUCCUAAUUCAAUUAAAUCUAGUCACAGUACAGAUAUACACUAAAACUUUUGUGCUGUUUCAAGUAAUUGUGCUAGAUGACUAAGACUGGUACUCAAACAGUGUAAAUAGCUUUAAUUUAAUGCAGUCAUCAGGGAUAUUUAAACAUUGAGUCUGUAUAUAUGCAUCUGCACAGUGUUCAGCAGUAAAUAUAAUGGCAUAUCCAUGAAAGUUGAUUAGUUACAAAGUUUGUUAUUUAUCAAUGACUUUUUUUUUGUUCAAGAAUGUUUUAAUUUUCUCAUUGUGUAAUAAAAUUCCCAGCGAGUCUCUUGAAAUUUUUUUACUGACUCUUGAUUGUCAUGAAGACAAAUAUUUCUAAAACAGGAGUUUAAACUGUUUCCUGUACCAAAAGUGAAAGCUUUAUUUAAGGAAGCAAUCCCAUACAUGAACUGAAUAGCAAAAGCAUAAUGAAAACAUGGAGAAAAAUAGGUGGCAAUGACAGCUUAACCUUGUUAAAAGAGCCGCAUCAUCACAGGUGUCAUAACACAUCCAAUAUCUGACUACAGAAUAUUGGUCAGGGAGAUGGGUUUUCCUCCCUCUCCAUGCUAGUGCCUUAGUAGCAUCUACAUCUGGCCUGUCUGCUUUAAACCAAUUUAGCUAAUCUAUUCACAAUGCUCAUUUUGUGCAGAUCAUCAAACAUUGGGAAAGAUUUACUGAGCCGCAAGAGAGUCCUGUGCUGAAUGAUUAUCAGUUGAAAUCUGGCAUAAUUUGAGUAUGCUCAUUGGAUUGCAUUUUCACAGUUGACUUGAGGGACUAUUUGUGACUCCAACUGACCUAAUCUAAAAAGAACUGGUGGAGCCCCUGUCACUAAAUUGUUUGCUGAAACUGGUAACUGCUUUGUCCAAGUAAUGAAAUAGUUGCGCAUUUAUCCAAACUGGAUAAACAGUUGCAAAACUCAACAUUGGCUACAAGGUUUAACUUCUGUUCACAACUAAGUGUUUUUUUUUAAUCCUAAAAGCAUUUAAUUAUAAGCCAAAUAUGUAAUGGUGUUGUUUGCUGUCUUCCAGUUUAGAUGGGUAAAUGACAAUAAAUAGGUGAUCUAUUGGAUACUUGUCAAUUCAUUUGGUCUAGUCCAGGAACUGUCAAGCAACCCUUUUACUACAGGCAAAAGAUGCUUUUAUAGUUAAAGUUGUGAUCAAUGUUCAAGCCUGACUGUUCUUAAACUGUUCAGUGCACAUGUGUAAGCAUGAUAGCUGAAAUAUUUGUCCAUCAAGUGGAUGUUGUCGUAAAGUAAAUGAAAUGCAAUUUUCCUAAGAGUUAAUCUUUAAUCACAUGGUCUUUAGAUAUUGCUAAUUGAAGAAUUGGCUGUUUUAAUGAAAAAUAAGACUACCAAGAGGCAAGCUGAAAUCCACACCAUCCAGGGUGUUUUUGUUUCGGCAUGUGGUUGGAAGAGAUGUAAGGAAGUAGGAGCUGAUCAUAGUUCAUACAGAAAGGAAAAGGUGGUGGAAACUGGAUGAUUGACAUGAGAUUAAGGUUAUAAUUUACACAAAUGGAUUUAGCUAACAUGUGGUUCAUUAUUAUUUGGACUGUGUGCCAUAUCUUAUGUACUGAAAUUAAACGUCACUGCCUGUAACAGCACAAAUAGUCAAAUAUAUAGAAUUAGAUAGUCUUUGACAAAUCAUUGCACUGAACGUUAUAUCUGCUUCAGGUUCACUCAAUGCGUUAAAAGAAUAUUAGGUUUUUAAAAUGAUUCCCAAUUAACAUGUUUGGCUGAGCAUGCAACAAGAUCUUCUUGAGCAUGCCUUUUCCUAAAGAUACUGAAGAAGAUUUCUUCCAUUUCACUAUGAUUAAUAACAGUUGAGCUCAAUGUCACAAAGGAGUUAAAACACUCAUUUUGAAAAGGAUAAUUAUUUACUUUCCAACUUGUGUAUAAAACUUUGAAGGUAGGUGGCACAACAUUAAUUGAAGUACAAGAAAACAGGAGGGAUAUAAUAAUAUUUCUGGCCAGAAAUAGUGUGGUGCUGGGAAAGCACAGCAGGUCAAGCAGCAUCUGAGGAACAGGAGAAUCGACAUUUCGGGCAUAAGCCCUCCUUCAUUCCUGAUGAAGGGCAUAUGCCCGAAACAUCGAUUCUCCUGUUCCUCGAAUACUGUCUGACCUGCUGUGCUUUUCCAGCACCACACUCCUGACUCUGAGCUCUAGCAUCUGCAGUCCUCACUUUCUCCUGGCCAGAAGUGAAGUCUGGAUCAAUGAAAACUUAAUAGGUCCUUUGGGCUCAGCUGUUGAUUGCACUUCAUGUGAAUGUUAAGGCAACAAAAGAUUGAUAAAUGUUGGCUGGACUUCUAUAAAGCUCUAUGAUAUCAGAUUUAAUAAAUAGUUAUUUUAGGUUGAGCCCCAACUGCCUGAAGUUAGUCAGGAAUGGGAGGAAAAAAAUGGUCCUUACGUGCUGUGCUUCAUACCCAUUCUUUAAGGGUAUAUUGACUCUGGAGCAACUCACUAACCCUUAUUAAAAAUAAAAUGUUCUUAUUGAAAA